UAAAUAUGGGAUCAAUUGGCGGUGACUUAAGUGGUCUAACGCGGGAUCAGUUGUGUCGACUGGUAUGGGAUGUGAGGCGUGAAAAUAGUCGCCUGAAAACCGAUUUAUUAAGACAUGAGUUGUUGUCUAAUAAAUACCACAAAUACUGCAAUCAUUUACUCAAUGGUCGCCCAAUUGGUGCCGAUGUCGUGGAUAAUGAGAUCCAACGAGACAUCAAUGCCUUAAGAGGUGCCAAGGAUUGUGUCGUUAAGAUCAAGAGCCUAUCAAACGUGAUCAAAGAGAGCGAAGAUAAUGAAAACGAUGGACACGUGUCGGAAGCUGAAGAAGUGCUUAAAUCACGUGAUAAACAAGUCCUCGAUAGUCAUAAUACGAGUGAUGAUAUCGUUGUUGUGAUGAAUAACACGAAUGAGAGUCUUCUGAUAGAGACGUUGUGGAGGAAUACGUCUGAAACUAAUGGACACAACAGUCGAUCUAAUGAUAGUCCAAGAGAUAUCCAUUCAAAGACUAAUUCAGACAUUAAUAGCAAAACAAAGUCCAGUAAAGGGAAACACAAAACGAGUGGAAGUGAUAGCAAAGCCUGUGUUGAUAAUGAGGACACGGAUUGCAUUCAUGUGUCGAAGUAUUUUAAAAACACGUCCGGAGAGGCCAUGGAUUCAAUGAAACGGCAUAUAAGCGAAGCCAUCGAAAGUGUUGUCAAUAAUAGCACUUCAUUUGACGAAGAAGUCGAUGAAAAUCAGGCCUCAGUGUCAGGUCAGGCAUACAAUCGUCGCUCGAACUACCGGUGCGAUCGCGAGGGCUGUUACUUCGAGGCGUUCCUAAACUCGCGGCUAAAGCUCCACAAAAUGACCGCUCAUUCCGGGGAACAGGAGAUCCAACACGAGUUCCAGUGUUCUAUCGAUGACUGCAAUAAAGUGUUUAAAACUGAUCUCAACUUAAGACAGCAUCAGUUGGGCGCACAUCCCAUGUCUUUCCCGGACGUGCCGUGGAUUCACUGCCCGCACAACGACUGCUUAUUUAUAACCAAAUCGAGGGCUUAUAACAGUAAUCACAAGAAAGCACACAAAGAUCCCAACUAUAAGUAUAAACACAAACAACAAAAGUCUUACGAAACCUAUGAAAGGGGUAAUGAGUUGGCUGUGAACCCCUUAUUGGAAAUACAGGGUCAGACAGAUCUAGUACUGCCGUCGGUGGCAGAUAUGGUAGACCUCCGGUGCGGGUGGUUUGGCUGUGAGCACCAGUUUAGUAGCGAUGAGGACUUGCAGACACAUAUGACUACACAUAAGGGUCAUGUCCCAUCACCGGAAAUACACCUUUGGGGGGAACAACUGCUUGAUUUGUCGGAAUUAAUGUGA